AUGGCAGGUGUGGAUGCUGCGGGGGAAGAAGCAAGGACUUUGAAAGCAAUUUUGAAUCAGUAUAAGAAAGGAUCUAGUCAAGUUAUUAACUUGGAAAAAUCAUCUAUCUGUUUUAGCAAGAACACUAAGGCUAAAGACAAGAAGGAAACCUGUGAGCCUUUAGAGGGGGUUAGGACAGUGAGCCAAGGUAAAUAUUUGGGCCUUCCUAUGGUGAUCACAAGGACAAAAGGUCAGAUAUUUGGCUACAUUAAAGACAGCAUAAAGGCCAGGCUCAGCAGCUGGAAGAACAAGCUCCUAAGUGCAGUAGGGAAAGAGGUGAUGCUAAAAGCAGUGACAAUGGCCAUGCCAAUUUAUGCAAUGUCUUGUUUUACCAGUUACACUUUGCAAGGAAAUCACAGGACUGAUGGCCAAAUACUGGUGGGGUGA